ACACACGGCAGGGGUUUUGCUGAAAUGAAAGUGGAAGCAAAACCUGCAGACAGAACCGUCGGAAGUGUAACUCAGGCCCAACUUGGAGGGGACGAAGCCACCUCCGAAGGUACAAGCAAGAGUUUAGUUACAGGGGACACUGCCACUUUAUACCCAGCUCUGAAGCCUCGGCCCUUGUCAACCGGACUGCAGGCCCACGUCAGUGAUGUAUGAUGAUGCGGCCCUGGGUGCCCUUCGGGAGGAACAGGCCAGACUAAAGGGCCGGCUGCGGGAGCUGCAGCAGCGGAGAAGGGAGCUCAGGGACCAAGCCCGAGACCAGGUCCCAUUCGUGGCAACUGCAGUCCCCCUGGUGUUCCGAGGACACACUCAGCAGGGCCAGGAAGCACCCAAGUGUUUGGUUUCCGAAGUGAGGAUCUCCUACCCUCUGCCAGGAGGCUCUGCUCUGGUCACCUUCGGUGACCCCAAGGUGGCCCAGAGGGUGCUGCAACAGAAGGAGCAUGAGAUCCACAUAGAGGAAUGCCGGCUGCGGGUUCAAGUGCAGGCUCUGGAGCUGCCUGUGGUGACUGCUGUCCAGGUGUCCACUCGGGUAAGCAGGCGGAGCGUGCUGGUCAGUGGGUUUCCUGCAGGGCUCCGGCUGAGUGAGGAGGAGCUGCUGGACAAGCUAGAGAUCUUCUUUGGCAAGACCAGGAACGGGGGUGGUGACGUGGAGACUCGGGAGCUGCUGCGAGGGGCUGUCAUGCUGGGUUUCACUAAGGACACAGAUCACAUUCUGGCCGGUACCCCAGUCAGUGCUAGUGCUCAACAUUCCCGAUGUGCUGGAUGGCCCGGAGCUGCAGGAUAUCCUGGAGAUCCACUUCCAGAAGCCCUCCCGUGGAGGUGGGGAGGUGGAAGCCCUGAGAGUCGUGCCCCCGGGACAGCGGGGCCUGGCAGUCUUCACUGCCGCAUCAGACUAAGAGCCUGCCCUCCUCGUCGCCCGCACCCCUCUGCCAAGCCUCUCGAACCAGACUGGAGUUGGGCGCACGGGUGCAAGAGAUCGUGCGGGUCAACGGCAGCAGGGAUUAUGGGUUGUGAAACACUGCCCAACAAUAAAAAGUGGUGUAACCUUCUUCUCAUUUCAUUUCCUGAAAGGAAACUUGAUUUGAGCACGGCAGGAGGAACCCUAACCAUCCACUCUUGGCCCUGGCCUUCUGGGAGCCCACCUUCCCCUCCAACUCUCAAGAGGCAACAUCCAGGACCCAGGGUUUGGCUUUUUAUUGACACAAACACAAAGGCAGCUUCGGUAAAAUGGGGUGGGGUACACGAAAGCAGAAAUCGCACUUCACACGUUUAG